UAUCUCUCUCCGUCUCUCGCUGUAUCUUUCUCUCUGUCCCUCUGUGUCUCUUUCUAUCUCUGUAUUUGUGUCUCAGUCUCCAUCUGUUUCUCCCAGUCUCCCCCGACAGUGCGUGCUUUUUCCUCUCUCUCUAUGCCGAGCUCCUCCCCUCUCUGAACAGGAGAUUACUUCCGUGUUUUGACAGCAGAUUCAGGAAGCAGCGAGCCCAGAGAGCUGACAGCUGCGCUCAGUUCACCAGAAACUGUCCCUCACCGUCGGACUGCCUCUCCAUCCAUCACAUCUUUCUCUAUCCCUCUUUCUCCCGGUCCCUCUGUACCUGACCUUCCAUCUGUCCAGAUCUCUCUCCAUACCUCUAAACCCUAAUCCCCCUCUUUUGUCCCUAUCUUUCUGCCACACCUCUCCCUCCCUCUCUCUGUUCCCCAAUCUUUCAUCUCUCACCUUGUCCCCUCACGACAAAGCCGACCCCUUUGCCAGACGUUCUGUUUGGAGUUGGGACUACAGAAUGCAGUCACAGGUCACAAGCACGUACCCUGUCGUCAAAAGAGGCCAGAGGGCAGUGCCAACACUAAAGAGGGAGCCAAGCAACGGAGGCCUCACGGACACGGCAGCAACUCUGUGCCCGAGCAGGGACCACCUCGAGAUGCUCAAGGCCUUCGAUCUACAUUGGGAGUACGGCCCAUGUUGUGGUAUCACGCGAAUGGAGAGGUGGGAACGAGCUAACCGGAUGGGUCUCCGACCUCCGCAGUACAUCAAGGAGCUACUCCUUUAUCAUAAGAAGGAAACCAAGUAUCAGGAGAGGCAGGCAGUGAGAAGGCUGUAAGGGAUCGACUCAGGCUGGAGAGAGUUAAACGUGAAAUCAUCAGCGCGGCACAGACAGAAUUUAGCACCCAGCUCGGAGUCAGAUUUUAAGAACCUGCCCAGGAAACCUGAACUCACACACCGUGAAGACAAACGAUUUCACGCCAAGUAAGCUUUCUCAGGAAUCAUUCAGAGGUUCACUGGCCCCAGGUCAGAGGCUCAAAGACGAAAAUUGUCCCCCAACCAGGGACCUUUGAUGCAACACCAACACCGCCCCCAGCGACAUGAUCUCGUCCCACCCCGAAUCAUUCCAAAAAAAAAACUCCCAGGCACCCAAAGCAACUCAUUGUUCCCGUGUCUGAACUCCAAAAAUUAAUUGCGCCUAUCGGCAAAAUACAGAAGCUAA